AAGAUGGAGGAUGAGCUGACGCAGGAUGUGGGGGAGAUCUACCUGUGUGAGAACCCCAGGGACAAGCAGGCAGCUGAAAACGUGGAGUCAUCAGAACUGGUCGACUUUGGGACCGCUAUGGAGGAGAAGGAAAACAGGGUGAGAAUGGCUAGGCUCCACAGCGCCGCCCUUCAGGAGAAGCUGCAGAUUGUGUCUAAGGUGGCCGCCAGAGCGGAGAGGAGAGCGAAAGAGUGGGAGCAGGUGCUGCAGGAGGAGGAGCAAAGGAGCAAAGAGAUGGAGUCUCGACACUGCCAGCACCAGGAGGCCCUGUCUGCAAAAACACAAGAACUGCAGUGCCUGAAAUCCAGGGAAAACGUCCUGUUGGCCAACAUCUCUGCUGGCCAGGCCACCAUCACGGGUCUGCAGAAACAGCAGAGUGAAAACGAGCAGGUUUUAGUCAAGAAGAAGGAGCUGGCUCACGACCAGGCAAGAGAUUGGCUCUUUCCUGUUUCCUGAUUUCAGUAUGUAUGUGACACCUGUCGUACACCUGACGUUCGUUAAGAAGUGUGUCCAAGU